CAGCCCCAUCGUUCAAGGCGACCCGAAACGUUCUCAUCUUCCUUUCCAUCCAAACCCUCCCCCGCCUCCGUGUGUUCGUCGCUAUGGAAGUUGGCUCACUUCCUUCCGCCUAGCCGGCGAGCCGUCGAUCACCUCCAUCCCUUCCCCCCAUGGCGCAGGCCUUUGUCCGUUCUAUUUCGGGCAAACACCGGAGCGCCCUUCCUUUUCUCUCCAUUCGAUCAAACCUCGCGAAGUUGUCCCGGACUCCAAGAAAUGGCGAUCCGCUUCCGGCCCUUCUUGGUAAUCUCGGAGAUUCAGGGCGCUCUCGGAAUUUCUCCACUGGAUUGCCCCGAACGCCGUGGCUAUUCCGACCGUUCGCCGGUUUCUGUGGAAUUCCGAGCUUGGGCCACGACCUGAAAGGUGCUCCCUUGCCGGAUCCUCCUCCCGAGAAGGUCAAGAACAAGAAGGCCCGGAAGAAGUCCAGGGUGGACUUCAUCAAGGUCGACCCGGCGCUGCUCCCGACCGUGAUUCUUGUCGGCCGCCCCAACGUCGGCAAGUCUGCCCUCUUCAACCGUUUAAUACGGAGGAGGGAGGCUCUUGUUUACAACACUCCUGGCGACCACGUCACCCGGGACAUACGGGAAGGCAUCGCCAAGUUGGGAGAUUUGAGGUUUCGCGUGUUGGAUUCUGCCGGCCUGGAGACAGCAGCGACUUCGGGGAGUAUUCUUAGCAGGACGGCGGAUAUGACAGGGAAUGUCCUUGCAAGAUCCCAGUUUGCCAUCUUUUUGAUCGACGUGAGGGAGGGACUGCUGCCACUUGAUCGUGAAGUUGGGCAGUGGCUGCGUAAGCAUGCAUCUGGAAUCCAUACCAUUGUGGCGAUGAAUAAGUCUGAGUCACUGGAUGAUCAAGGUCUUCUUACCUCAGAGGCAGGGGAAGCCCAUGCCCUAGGAUUUGGUGAUCCGAUUGCCAUAUCUGCAGAGACUGGAUUUGGUAUGGCGGAGCUGUAUGAGACCCUUCGCCCAUUGUUUGAGGACUAUAUUCUUCGACUUCCUAAUGAUGACCAUAUCCGAGAUGAUACUUCUUCGAAGACUGAGGAGAGUGAUGAAAGCAAAUUACCUUUGCAGCUUGCAAUUGUUGGACGUCCAAAUGUUGGAAAGUCUACUCUGCUAAAUGCCUUAUUACAGGAGGAAAGAGUUCUGGUUGGGCCAGAGGCUGGCUUGACAAGGGACUCCAUUAGAGCUCAGUUCCAAUUUGAAGAGCGGACUAUAUAUUUGGUGGACACUGCAGGUUGGUUACACAGAGCAGGGCAAGAGAAGGGGCCAGCAUCCUUAAGUGUUGUGCAGUCAAGGAAAAACCUCAUGAGGGCUCACGUUGUGGCUUUAGUGCUGGACGGAGAAGAGAUUGCAAAAGCUAAGAGUAGUAUGAAACAUGCUGAAGUAGUUAUAGCGCGACAAGCAAUAGAAGAAGGCCGUGGCCUUGUUGUGAUUGUUAACAAGAUGGAUCUUCUUAGAGGAAGAAAAAAUUCAUCAUUACAUGAGAAAGUUAUGAAGGCUGUUCCUCAAGAAAUCCAGACUGUUAUACCUCAGGUCACGGGCAUACCAGUUGUAUUUGUUUCAGCUUUGGAGGGAAAGGGCCGGAUAGCUGUCAUGCGUCAGGUUGUGGAUAUCUACCGAAAAUGGUGUUUGAGAUUGCCAACAGCACGCCUAAAUCGUUGGUUGCGAAAGGUUAUGAGCAGGCAUUCCUGGAAAGAUCAAGCAACGCAACCCAAAAUAAAGUACUUCACUCAGGUUAAAGCUCGCCCACCAACAUUUGUUGCAUUCUUGAGUGGGAAGGCGCAGCUUUCAGAUACUGAUAUGAGAUUCUUGAUGAAGUCUCUGAAGGAAGAUUUUGAUCUUGGUGGUAUUCCAAUCCGCAUCAUGCAGCGGUCUGUCCCUAGAAAAGUAGUUGGCAGCAAGAGUAGUAAAAACCUGUCUGUUAAGUUGAAUGUGAGAGCUCGAUCAGACAAAAGAAACGUAACUUCAGAGCCUGCUUCAUCUUAGUUGAUCCUGCUACAAGCGAUGACCAGGAGUAGUAUGCUGCUGAUGAUUUAUCGAGAUAUAUUUGCUGUCAAGGAAAGGGGCUUUAUGUGUACUUACCCUGCCUAGAGAGACCUCGUAUCCAAUUUAGUGUCUCGGCUUGGCAGUUGACCAGUGUUUUACAACUGAGGGAUGAGAACCGGUUAGCAUUCAAAGCCCGUCCUGAAGGUAUGGUGAAUCCAUGCUAAUACACCUGGUGGAAUCGCUAUCUUAAAAGAUGGCAAGUGAUCACGUUAGAUGAAUCUUUUCCAGGGAAGAAGCAAUGCCUGAUGGUGUAAUCAGCUUCUUCUAGGUUCUCAAAUAAAAACUUACCAGGUAUAUGUCCUUGGGUGGUGAAAACCUCUUGACAAUCCACAUUGAUUUUUUUUUUUUUGCUCUACAUGCAAAAAUUUAGCAGGUUGGCAUAAUGGUUCAUAAAUGUUUCAUAGUGUAUUUAAUUUGUUACUUCUCUCUAGCUGGACUUCUUUUGUUUAUGAAGCAUCAGAUGACUAUUUGAAUGGA